AUGACUUCUGAAGAAUGUACAAUCGAAGUACAUGUUCGUCGAACAGGUGAAUCCAUUUUAGUUAAAGUUAUUCCAAUGGUAACAACUUUUGGUGAUAUUAUUAAGAUAAUAUGUCAAAAAAUGAACGAACCAGAACCAAGUCACUUUUAUAUAACAAUGAAUUAUGCGGAGGAAAUGGAGGAUCAUUUUGUAUUUCAACAACAAUUUAUGAAUCAAAGGUUUCAAAUGAUUAUGAGAACAAAAUGGCUGUUAGAAUUUAUUGCUGAACAACAGAUGGGAAGACAAUAUGUAAAAUUACCAUCUGUUCCGGUAGUCACUAACUAUGAAAUCCCACAAAGAGCAACAACAACAGAUGUUUCUAUACGAACAUCUACCAUUUCUCAACAUAAUCACUCAAAAUUAGAAAAUGCUGAUGAACAGAAGAGAGUAAUCUUGGGUGAUGUUGUUAGAUCAACUAUUAAAAGAAUACCAAGACAAGAUGUACAAAAAUAUCUUCAUAAAGUUCUCAACAAAUCUUUUGAUAUUCUAUUAAUGGGUUCACCUCGUGUUGGUAAAAGUACAUUGAUUAAUGCUAUUCUUAAGAAAAGUAUUGCUAAAACUAGUGCUGGAAAAAAUGCAUGUACAUCAGUAAUGACUUGUUAUGAAUAUGAAGAAUCUUAUACAUCAUCAGCAGAUGAUAAACCAUUGACUUGUUCAAUAAGAGUUUGGGAUGCACCCGGUAUUGAAGAUUGGACACAACUAGAUAUUACGGAACAUUUGCAAAGCUUACUUAAAGAAAAAAAUCCAAUUUGUUUAAUCUAUUGUGCAUCACCAGGUUCCUCUUCAGAAGUUGAACAUACCAAAAUUAUUAUUGAACAAUGUAAACAACUGGAUGUAUUUAUUGCAUUAGUUGUUACUAAUAUGUAUGCUUCCGAUGAAGCUGAUGUUAUUUUAGACACUUUCAGAACUCUUCUUACUCAUCAUAGUAUACAAACUGGAAAUGUUGACGAUGUCUAUUAUUAUGGUACUGUUGGCCUCUGCGCAGCAGUUAAUUCGGUAGAGUAUGUAUCGCAUGGUAAAACAAUGAAACCGGCUGGUGUUGAUGAAUUAAUGAUAGGUAUUAUGAAUUCAUUAAGUGAAGAAAAAUUAUUACAAUGGUGUUUUGCAUUAAUGGAUAAUGGCCCAUUUUGGAUUAGAGCACAAAGUAGAAUAUGGAAAACAUUUAAUUCUAUGAAGCGUUGGUUUGGUUAUUAA